AUGCUCUUGCUGCAGUCUUGUCCGUCCUCCACGUGUACGGUCACGAAAUUCCCGCGGUUAAACUUCGACGUUUUGUUAAAUUUACCGUUUUACCCUUCCUUCUUCCGUUGCCCAUUUUUUGUAGCCUCUCGCUAUCGUUUGCAGCUUUUCUCUGUUGCUUCACUCUCUGUAAACGCUCUCUCCCAUGGCGGAACCCUAGGGAGUCAGUUUGCUUUAUGUGCGGAUGCAAAAGGCCUCAGGUUCUGCCAAAAUGCAGGGGUUUUACUUAUGAAUUCGACUUUCGAGUUCCAAGGCUCCACUCGCACUGUUCGAUUCCCGAGAAACCUCAUUUCCAUUUCCUUUUCCUUUCUCGCUGCUGCCAUAAGUGGAUUCUCGAAACUUUCAUCUUCUAUGUUCAAUUGGAUGCAAGUGUCCUGGGGUGAAGUUUAUGAAGUUAUGGAUUGGGAUCUCUGGGGUCCGCCAUGUAGUCAAGAAACCAGCUAUAGUAUGAUAAAUGGGUGGCAGUGGGGCUUUUACUACGACCAUGGGCUUGAUGUGAUAGAAGAAAAUGCUUUAAAUGAGAAAGCUUGUGCACAAGUGCUGAGGAUAUUAAUAACGAAGGCAAAUACUGAAAUUGGUGAACUUGAAGAAGAACUGAUCCUCCUUCAAAACCAAAUGGCCUGGGCUGAAUACGAGGAAUGGCCUGACAUAUGCUGUACUAGAUUGAGAGAAAAGAUCAAUUGCCUUGCUAUUUCAUUGCAGGUUUUAAAGGAUGAAAGUGCCCAAAAUGAGAAUGGUGCUGGUUAUUGUUUACAUGUGUGCAGAGAACCUGCUGAGACACUACUUGAAAUAUUAAGGGAUCUACUGAGAAUUUGGUCUCAAGAGAAAGAUAAGCACGAUUUGUUGAAGAGUCUACUGAGAAUUUGGUGUCAAGAUAAAGACAAGCAGAUAUGCUGUAAUGAUGAUUCUGCGGCUAGUAAUGUCAAAGAUUCGACUUCAAAUCUCACAGGACAAGCAACUGACAUCAUGAAUGAGAAGGGAAAUUUGAGUAACUUGGAUGCAGAAAUUAUUAGGAAAGAAAAAGUCAUAGAGUGCAGUCUUAAUUCCAUAGGAAAAUGUACAGUUAGGAGUUUGCCUCAGGAGAAGAGAGAACAUUAUCUGGAACUUGCUAAGCCUGCAAGUAAUACUCCUGUGGAAGAUUCCUCAAACCGCUCUGAUGAGAAGAAACUAUUUGAAGGAUCUGAUGAAAAAAAUAUUGGGGAGGAAGCUAAAGAACAUGGUUCUGCUCCUGCAGAUAAAAGUAUAAUCCAGAAUCCAUCUCUGAAGACUGAAGAGAAGACGAAAAAUGUAGAAGUUGUACAGGCUGCAGACACCUCUGUGAAAAUUUCAAGUUUAGCAUCAGAGAAUGUAACAGACCAACUGACUGAGAAAGUAAAAUUGAGCAACUCUGCUUUGAAAAUUGUUAGAGAGGUAGUCGAAGUAAGUUUUAUUCCUACAGACAGUUCAUCUUCAAAGCCUGAAGAAGGAACGGAACUUGACAAUCAAGUCCAGGGUGAGAAUACUGUGGGCAAGGAUUCCAGCUCAGAUGCUUUAAGACAUGCACCAUGCAGCUCAAAUGAAAAGAAUAAUUCCAAGCUCGGUAUAGAAGUCAUUGAAAAGGGAAAAUUCAAAAAGCAAGGUUCUGAUUCAACAAACAACAGUAAAAUCUCAAAGCCACCUUUGAAGGCUGGAGGAAAGAGAAAAAAUUGUCUUCAAAAUAAAAUUGCAAAUAGUGUAGUUGGAGAUUCCAGCUCUGAUGCUUCCAGGUGUGCAACUGGUUCCAAUGUGAAGAAGGACGUAAGCAAGUUAAAUUUGGAAGGUAUAAAAGAGGAGGAAAUCAGAGAACAUUGUUUUACUCCAGUGGAUAAAAGCAGCAUUCCAGAAUCAUCUCUGCAGCCAACAGAGGGAGCAAUUAGUGCAAAAAAUUUGAAGUCUGCUAAUAUUGUUUACAAGGAUUCAAGAUCAAAUGAUUUGAGUGGUCCAACUAAUGAAUCUGAUAUAAAGCUAGAGCCAAGCAACGGACAAAAGGAUGCUCAGGGUAACAAGACCAACUCUCUAAUUUCAUCUCUGAAGUCUGAAAAAGAUCUCAUACAAAUACUGAGAAUUCAUGAAGCUAGUCUUGUUGAUGCUGAAGGCAGUGCCCUGAAUUCAUUGUUAAAGCUUCAAGAGCAUGGAGGAAAGGACACAACCAAGCAACAGCCAAAAGAAAUUUGGGACACUAAAACUGCUUCUAAUGAAAAGAAAACCAGUUCGAACUUACCUCAUGAACCACAAAGGCAUUGUGUAAAGGACAAAAUCCAAUCAGACCGGGCAGGAGUCCAAGACCCGGGUCUCUCUCCUAUGGAAAGUGAUCUAAAGUUAUCGGCAUUCCUAGUGUCCAGGAGGAAACAAAAGAACCAAGUUCACAAUGACAAAGCCAAUUUAAAUCAGCCAAUGUGUGGUGAGAUUACGAAGAAAGUAGUUCGGUUGGGCUGUUGCAGUGCUCCAGAUACCGCCACGAGAACAGUUUCAGGGUUGCGGAAGAAAAGAAAGACCUCAGAUUUGCAAUGCAUGGAGAUGAAGGAUUCAAAUGUUCCUAAUGAAUUGAACGGGGAUAAAACUGACCCGGCAAGCAAGAAGAAAGAUAUUCAGAUCACUGAGCUAUGUCCCAGUGGUGAUUCCCUCGGCCCGUUGCCCACAUCAAUGCUUGCCAAAUUACAUUCGAUGAAACUACAUAAUCUUAGGUCCAUGGCAAAGCAGCUGAAACUGAAGAAGUACCAUAAGCUCCCAAAAUCUCAGCUUGCUGGAUUAAUAUGUGUGCAUAUGGUCAAGGAUUUAUGCUAAUGGUUGCCCGUGGGGGUGCUGACAAUACAUAUCUAAUUUUUUUUCUAGGGGGGGUCGUGGUGGGGGAGGUUGUCUGGUUUCCUUGCGUUGCCUCAUUUUACCAAAAAUGUUAUUGUUUUACGCAUACAGAAAUAUUGUACAGAAUGUGAUGGGCAACACAUACAUAAAGUUCUAGUAGUAGACAUCAAAUCAAAAGAAGUUAGAAAGCAUGGUAUAUAUACGGAUAGGUUUAAUAUUCU